AUGUUGUCAGUGACAGAGAUAGAGGAUCACCAUGAAGCCUUGUCAAUCAGCCAUGAAGCUGAAAUGUCAAACAGCCUGCCUGGGGAUGACCAGGACGAGUGCCUUGCCUAUCCAGGAGAGCUUUGUCAACACCUCUGUAUCAACACUGUGGGGUCCUACAAGUGCUCGUGUUUCCCAAGUUUUACUUUGCAAGAUGAUGGACUCAGCUGCAAUCCAGGUGAGAAAAUAAACCCAGAUUUUGAAGACGAUGCACAAAACACUGCCUUAGAGGAGAAAGCCACUCCAGCUCCAGAAGCUUUAAAUAUUCAACCUGAAACCAACAACACUUUACAAGUAGAGCAAGAUAAAUGUAAAGAUAAUGGUCCCUGCAAGCACAUUUGCAAUAUGGUGGAAGAGGAAAUUGUGUGUUCUUGUUCACUUGGCUUUGUCCUCCUUUCAGAUGGUGUUUCCUGUGAAGAUAUUAAUGAAUGCAUAUCAGAUACUCAUACUUGCAAGAGAGGAGAGCAUUGUAUUAAUACAAUUGGAUCAUUCACAUGUCUUCAGCAACUCAGCUGCCAAUCUGGAUAUGAACUUAAGGAUGGUGAAUGUGUUGAUAUUGAUGAAUGCGAAAGAGGAACUCACAGCUGCAAGAUCAACUUUGCAUGUCAAAAUACAAAAGGAUCAUUUUACUGUGAAUCAAAGCAACGAUGCAUGGAAGGAUUUUUACAAGAUCCAGAGGGAAACUGCGUCGACAUUAAUGAAUGUACAUCACUUCCUGAGCCAUGUAAGGCUGGAUUCAAUUGCAUCAAUACUGUUGGAUCUUACACAUGUCAGAAGAACCUUUUAAUAUGCAGCAGAGGAUAUCAUUCAAAUGAAGAUGGAACCAGAUGUGUUGAUGUUGAUGAAUGUCAGUCUGCCACACAUCACUGUGGAGAAGGACAGAUUUGUCACAAUCUACCUGGAGCAUACCGCUGUGAUUGCAAGAUGGGAUAUCAGUAUGAUUCAUUCAGCAGAACUUGCAUCGACAUAAAUGAAUGCUGGAAUUAUCCAGGGCGACUCUGCCAGCAUUCAUGUGAAAAUACUCCUGGAUCCUAUCAUUGUUCAUGUUCUUCUGGAUUUCGCUUGGCUUAUGAUGGGAAACAUUGCGAAGAUGUCAAUGAAUGUGACAAUAAUCCAUGCAGUCAAGAAUGUGCUAAUAUUUAUGGUUCCUAUCAGUGUUACUGCAGGCAAGGCUACCAAUUAGCAGAAGACAGCCAUUCCUGUAAAGAUAUUGAUGAAUGUGGCCAAAGUGCAGGCAUCUUGUGCACUUUCCGCUGUCUCAAUGUGCCUGGGAGUUACCAGUGUGCUUGCCCUGAUCAGGGAUAUACAAUGGCCGCCAACGGAAGGAGUUGUCGAGAUAUUGAUGAAUGUGCAAUGGGAACCCACAACUGUUCAUCAGCAGAAUCUUGCUAUAAUAUUCAAGGCAGCUUCCGAUGCCUUUUAAUUGAGUGUCCACCAAAUUACAGAAAAGUGUCUGAUAUGAGAUGUGAACGUAUCAACUGUUUCAACUAUUUGGAUUGUCAGAACACUGCACUCCGCAUUACUUAUUAUCAGCUUAAUUUCCAAACCAACAUUGUUGUUCCAGCUCAUAUUUUCCGAAUUGGUCCCUCGCCUGCUUAUGCCGGAGACAACAUAAUCCUUACAAUCAACAAAGGAAAUGAAGAAAACUACUUCAAUACCAGAAAGCUUAAUUCCUAUACCGGUAUAGUCUAUCUUCAGAGGCAAGUGAGGGAACCCAAAGACUUCUUGCUAGAUGUUGAAAUGAAGCUUUGGCGUCAAGGAACCUACACAACGUUUAUGGCCAAAAUUUAUAUUUUCAUUACAUCUCAUGCAUACUAAGAUGGAUGUAUUACUGUUGAAGCUCAUUGGUGCUAUUUUUUAAAAAAUCUUUCCUACCAAAGCUUGUGGUAAUAGAGAAAAAGACUGAUAGAAAAAUAUAGCCUCUCAUAUUUUUUUCCUAGCUCCUAAAAUAUCUUUGUUUUUGUAAAAUUAACUUAAAAUAUAUUCACCUGUUUCUCUUUUAACUCUGAAUGUUUAACUGAGCAAAAUAAGGCUGUUGAGCUUUGAUGCACAGUAGUUAUGCUGUCCUUUAAAAGUUAUUUUGAUAUUUCACCAAUGACAACCUCAGAAUUAGUUAUCAGGAAUGGGGGCAUGAUCUACCCAAAUAUAAACAAUCCAGAUAAGAUGGAAUUCAAAGGGAAAAUAAAUAUGUAGCUGUUAAAACCAAUUGUACUUGAAAGAUGCUUAAGUGCAAUUCAGUUGAGCUCACGAGAGGGCAGAAGGCCAAUUCCCAGUCUUUAAAACAACUAUAUAAAAAAAGAAAAGAAAUUGCAUGUCAGACAGUGAUCUUUUUUCACUUACUGACAAUUACACAAUGUAGUUUUAAAGAGAGAGAAAAUCUUCCUUUUCUGAAUAUGCCCAUAAUAUGUGAUGAGAACUUGAUGUGCCAAUCACAUUCUGUUUUUAUUUCUCCAUCUUCCUGUAACACAUUAGUGAAUCAGAUAUUGAUCUAUCUAGGUGUUCCCCCUUCAUUGAUUUACCCACCCUGUUACUAAAGCUAUUGCCUCCUCUGUUUAAGUUGGAAAUUAUAGCUACAAUACAGAGGAACAAAUACGUAAGUGACCAGGAAUAAGUCUGAUCAAACUUAAUAUGCAUAUAGCCCUCACAGUUAAAUCACCUGGAAAAAUCUCCUCAUAUAGUAUUUAUAUAAUCAACCUUUACUUUUCCCAUAUCUUAGCAAAUGUCACUGUGAGGAUUUUCCAUAGAGUUACUUUUCCACCUUAUUCAAGGUUAUUGGUACUCUAAUACCAUAGGAUGGGAAGUUUAUCCUGCAACUUCUGAGACUUGCUAUUUGCUGUGCUUCUCGUGUAAAUUCUUGGGACUGACUGUGCCAGGAGUUACAGAUGUACAUCCUCCUUUCUGGUACAUUCAUGCCAGCAGUAAAGG